AUGAGAGCCGGUAAAUGCAAAAAUCAUUAUCCUAAAAAUUUUGCUCCUUAUACAAUUCAUGGUGAGGACAGCUAUGCAUGUUAUAGAAGACGAGAUGAUGGCCGAAAAAUAAAGGUGCGCAAGCAUGAGCUCGACAACCAAUGGGUGAUACCUUACAACCCAUACUUAUUAGCUCUAUUUGAUUGCCACAUCAAUGUCGAAAUCUGCUCCACUGUUAAGCUUGUUAAGUACCUUUAUAAGUAUAUUUUUAAAGGUCAUGAUCUUAUCAGCUUUAAUCUUCUUGACCAAAAAUCUUCUAGUGCCAUUGAUGAAAUUAAUUGCUACCAGCAAGGGCAUUGGGUUUCACCUCCGGAAGCUUUGUGGCGCAUAUAUGAAUUUCGCCUAACAGAAAUGAAUCCAACAGUUUAUGCCCUCCAAGUUCACCUUCCUGACCAACAAUUUGCUUCUUUUGAUAAAAGUUCAGAUUUGUGGUAUCUCUUGAGAAAGAUUGAUUUUUCGAAGACUAUGUUGACUGAGUUUUUCAAAAUGAACAAAACCAAUGCCACAGCUCAGAAUUUGAAAUGUUUAUAUAGAGAUUUUCCUCAACACUUUGUGUGGACACAAAAAACAAAGACAUGGUCAUAG